CACACACAGAUCAGGAGAGAGAGAGAGAGAGAGAGAGAGAGAGAGAGAGAUACAGCCAUAGGAGGAGAUGAGAUUGUAAGACCAAGACAGCAGGCAGGAAGGCAGGCAGGCUGUGCGUCAGCCGGCGCUCCAUAGGGAAACAUGGAGACAAGCAGGAGAUGCUGAAGAGGACAGAACACACCAUAACAGGAUCAUACAGAUGGAUGUUAUUUCAUCAAGCAGGCAACCUGAAGGCAACAGAGGAUAAACCACUUAUGGACGCAGUGGAUUAAAGACCUACAGACAGACUGAGAGAGGGAGAGGGAAUAUAGGGAAGGAGAAAUUAAUUAAUUCACUUGUUUAUUUUCAUUGUCUGUGUGUGCGCACUUGCUGUCAGAAAGACUGUGUGUGUGCCUGUGUACGGUGUGUGCGUGCAUAAGGCAGGAAACUGCAUUGCUGCUCCCCAGCACCACAGGAUAGACAAAAAAAGAAGGCAGCCGAGCAGAUUACCUUAUGUGUUUUCCCCAUUUUUCUGUCUCUAUGCAUGUGUGUGUUCCUUCGCUGUGCAACCAGGCACAGUAUGUGUGUCUGUGUGUGUGAAGGCUGAGAAUAAGAAGAGGAUGGUGAAGUGAGCUGCAGAUUCUGACUUUAAAUAGUCUUUAAAUUGUCUUUCUUUUUUUUUUUUUUUGGUCUGAUCAUCGGGACCGAGCUUAAGAAACAGAAUAUUUCUCUUUUUAUUUCUUUCUUCAUCACACAACAUGUUACAGCAUCGGUGCUGAUCAGAGAGCCUAAGGGUGGCUUCUAUGCUGGAGGCUUGGAGGUUUGAAGGGCUGCCACCCGGGACACUUCUCGGCUCUACACCCCAGGGAGGUGUAGGCAUCAUCAGGUAGGAGGCAGCUGAACGCGGGGGUCUGAGCGGAAAGCAGGACAGGAGUAGGAGUAAGAGUUGUGCGCGUGUGUCGUGGACUGUGUAGGCAGGCCGAUGGCCGGCCGGUGGAACUGCCUGAUGGUUUAAACUCCUGCUGAGAGAGGAUAAUGGCAGUUCUGGGCCCACUCUCGUCCUCUCUCACCUGCAUCUUCCACAGCAAAGCUGGAAAGUGCUACAAGGAGCCCACUAAGAGGAUGGUGUGAACAGUCUCACCAUUUCCCUCCACGCCGGGAAACCCUGACACCCCUGUGAGGGGGCCACGUUUUGUUGUUCACCUUGUUUCUCCUUCCUCUUCUCCAAACCAGCUGAAAACAAGGGGUGGCGUUGCUUGAUUUGUGUGGGAGUUCUCUCACUCUCCUCAUCCUCACCCCUGACCUCACCUACCUCCAAACUGAGCUCCAUGGACUGGUUUUAGCACCAACCUGUCCUUUUUUCUCCCUUCGUUUUCUUUUUCUUUACUUUUUCUUUUUGUCGAGGCUUCAGGGGAAUUGCCAAGACCUGUUUCAUGCAUGUCCACUGGCGGCAGGUUCAACUUUGACGAUGGGGGGUCAUACUGCGGAGGGUGGGAGGAGGGCAAGGCACACGGGCACGGGAUCUGCACGGGACCCAAGGGCCAGGGCGAGUACUGCGGUUCCUGGGCCCAUGGCUUCGAGCUGCUGGGCGUCUACACUUGGCCUAGUGGGAACACCUACAAGGGCACCUGGGCUCAGGGCAAGAGACACGGUGUGGGCGUCGAGAAUAAAGGCCGCUGGGUGUACAAGGGCGAGUGGACGCACGGCUUUAAGGGACGCUACGGCGUGCGGGAGAGCACGGGGACCAGCGGAAAGUACGAGGGGACUUGGAACAAUGGGCUGCAGGACGGAUACGGAACAGAGACGUAUUCAGAUGGAGGAACAUUCCAAGGCCAGUGGGUUGGCGGGAUGCGGCAUGGCUACGGAGUUCGCCAGAGUGUCCCAUAUGGCAUGGCGGCCGUCAUCCGCUCCCCACUCCGUACUUCCAUAAACUCUCUCCGCUCCGGUUCGGAGCACAGCAAUGGUACAGCUCUGCUGGACCGGACCGGGGCGGUGGUUCCUGGUCCUCCUCCUGUUCCUGGCACUUUGACCACCAGCGUCUCCAUGUGCAGCACGGGCAGCAGCGGCAGCAGCCCCGCUGUGUCUCGGGGAGGUUUUGUGCUGACGGCACACAGCGAGGCUGAGCUGCUGAAGGGUAAGAGAAAAGGCGGGCUGUUCCGGAGAUCCAUCCUGUCUGGGCUCAAGCUGAGGAAGUCAGAGUCCAGGAGCUCCCUGGCCUCCCAGAGGUCCAAACAGAGUUCGUUCAGGAGCGAGGCUGGGAUGAGUACUGUGUCCUCUGCUGCAUCUGAUAUCAACUCCACAAUCAGUCUUGGAGAUGCAGAUGCAGAGUUGGCCGUUGCAGAUGACGAUGUGGAUGCCACGGCAACAGAGACCUACUGCGGGGAGUGGAAGAACGACAAGCGGACAGGAUUCGGUGUGAGUCGGCGGUCUGAUGGGCUGCAGUACGAGGGGGAGUGGCUUAGCAACAAACGCCACGGCUACGGCUGCACCACGUUUCCUGAUGGCACAAAAGAGGAAGGGAAGUACAAACAGAACAUCUUGGUGAGCGGCAAAAGGAAGAACCUGAUCCCUCUCCGGGCCAGUAAGAUCAGAGAGAAGGUGGACCGAGCCGUGGAGGGAGCACAGAAAGCAGCCGACAUUGCCCAGCAGAAGGCUGAGAUCGCCUUGUCCAGGACGGCUCAUGCACAGGGUAAAGCCGAGGCAGCAGUAGGAGCAGCUCAGAAAGCCCAGGAGGAGAGUCGCAUGGCGAGGGUCACCGCCAAGCAGUUCUCCCCUUCGUUCCAGCACCCAGGAAAUGGCAUGGAGGUGCAGCGUCCCAAACGUCAGGUGUCCAGCGAGGUGGAGGGUGAGGGGUUGUCGAGUAGCGCUGGCACCGCUGACAGCCCCGACCUUUAUGUAAAGAGCGCGGGCUCCGACGACCCAUCUAACGACGCCGCCACCCCUGAUCUCAGCCCUCCUUCUUCUUCACCGCCCCACACCCCUCCUCCCCCUGCCAGGCCGUCCCAACGGAGCAAGAGUGCCCGCUUCCACCGACAGAGUGCCGUGGACCACGGGGACAAGGGGAAGGACGGAGGAGAAAGGGGUGAGAAAGGUGGUGGAGGAGGGCAGACGGAGAUCCAGGUGUUGAUGGAGGGAGGAAGUGGGGGAGGUGAAAGUGGAGGAGGAGGGAAGGGGGAGUACACGCGGGCCAACAGCUGGAGCGAAGACAAGCGGAGAGGGAUAUUGUCGAAAGGAGGAGGUGUGCUCAGCGGACGAGGAGCGAGCCGCACCAAUGGACACAAACACAGCUCCUCCAAUCACAAGGCCCGGGAGCACGGAUCGUCCAAUCACAGACAGGCCAGAGGGGACAGGUGGACAGAGUCGUCCUCGUCUGCGUCUUGGACGUCGGGGCGCAGGGGCGUGCACGGUAGGGGAGGCCGGCUACUGGAGCAGGAUGAGGAGAAAAUAAGCAAUUAUGAGAUGGAGAUGAAGCCUUUACAGCCCAGAGACUCCACUACCCACAAGCCCCAUGGGCCCGGGGAGGAGAGGCCUGGGCAUAGUCAUGCUCAUGGAGAGGAGCGGCCGCACACCGUGCAACGACAGAGGCAUAAGAACCGUGAAGGGGGAGAAGAAAAGGAGAGGAGGGAAGGGGGGAAAGACUCAGCGCACAAGCUGGGGGAAAAGAUGGAUUCACGGCCUCUACGUCGGGACCUCACUCUCUCCCCCCCGCUGAAGUCCUCCCCCAUCACACCGGAGCAGCAGGACCACAGCCUCAUGCAGAGCAAAGGCAACCCGGCCUACAGCUCUUUCCUGGUUGUCAUGGUGAUUUUGCUCAACAUUGGAGUGGCUGUUUUGUUUAUCCACUUUUUUAUUUAAAGACAGCACAGCUUUCCAAGUCAGCCCAUCGUUACAACAACUAGAAAUUCAUAUGAGUAUUACGACGACUCUGCUUUCGUUUUCCUGGCGGUUCCUGGACUGCAACCGGCUGAAAGAAGACAAGGUCCAAGGAGGGCUCCACCAAUAUUUGGGCUAAAGGUAGCUAAGCCGGGCUAACCUCGCCUAAGCUUGGUCCAGUCGUUUUGGAAGAGACGCGGAAGUGGACAAAAGAGGGGUAAACCAGUCCAGGUAACUGGACUACAGGGAGAUAAUAUAGUCCAGAAACUGGACUAAAGUGAGCUUCAGUAGUUCACACACAGACUCAAAUGGGCUGAACCGGUCUGAUCCCCAGGCCAUGCAGAGCUGCAGCUGGCAUUACAGCGAGAUGUCUGCUUCCACUGUCUGCAGACCUGACUGACAAGACAGACUUUUUCAUCCUCAAAUCAUAGUUUUCAACAGAUUUGUAACUUAUAAUUUAUUUAUUAACAUUUUCUCUCAUGUACAAUAUGUUGAUGGAUAUAUUCUUUAUUUUGUAACCCUCCACCCCUCUUUAUAUAACUCCUGCCUUUUGGUUCCUCCACCUGCCCGGAUGUUGUUACUGAUGGUUCAAGGUGUGUGUUCAUGUGUGUGUUCAUGUGUGUGUGUGUGUGUGUGUGUGUGUGUGUGUGUGUGUCUAUGUAAGACUCAGGAGCUGGCGAGUGUGUGCUACCAGGAUGAUACUUCCCUGUCUACACAAACACACCCAUUGCUAUUACCCGAUCCCUCUCAUUCAUCUGUCCCCGUUCUGAUGUCUGUCUCCUCUCAUUCUUCAUCUUAUGCUGGGAGUACGAAUGUGUAUGUGUGUGUGUGUGUGUGUGUGUGUGUGUGUGUGUGUGUGUGUGUGUGUGUGUGUGUGUGUGUGUGUGUGUGUGUGUGUGUGUGUGUGUGUGUGUGUGGGUGUGUUUGUGUGGGUGUGGGUGUGUAUGCUUAUGUGUGUCUCUGCAUACUGUAUAUGUAUGUUUGCUGUGUGCCUAAAUGUUUUUUGCAGAAUGUGAGCGUGUUUGCAACUGUAUCAAGCAGGCAUGUCUUGUCCACAUUUGUGUGUACGUAUGAAUGCGCGUGUGUGUGGUCUCCAAGUAGCUCAGUGGCCUUUCACGCUGUUCAUGAACUUGACAAGAGCAUUUCAAGAGGACACAGUCACUGCUCAUCCACAUCUAGCCUAUACUAGCAUCAGCUGACAGCUGUGCUCUCUCUCCGUCUCUCCCUCCUACUCUCUCCCACCUCCACACACACACACACACACACACACACACACACACACACACACACACACACACACACCAGUCAGAGAAUGGAGCUUCCUCCGUGUUGGUGGUAGUUCAAGACAGACCGUCCUUGGCAACGCGCUGCACCUACUGUACCCCCAGCAGAGGUAUUUAGAGGAAAUACUGCAUUCACCGAAGCAAAGCCUGUAUGUGUAACACCAGAAAAAUGGCUUUAAAGUCAAUAUCAAUUUAAAAAAUCUGUGUAUCCCACUGCUUCUCUCAAAACAUAACCUGAAGACGACGUCAUCUUUUAUACUAUACUUGCAAGAUGUCUGAAAAAAUUACUAGUCGCCACCUGCCUUGCUUUUGUAGUGCAAAUUGAUAAAUGUACAACAAUGCAUGCAUGUGUACUGUAAUAUCUUAGUUGUGCAUUAAAUCUGAAAGCAAAAAAAAAGCUUCAGAAGCACAUGUUAAGUUUUGAUAGGAGCAGUGUCUCGAGAGAAGCCAUUUUGGUACUGAUCAUGAAGCUGGAAUUAAACAGCGGAGUCAAAAUUUCUUUUGUGGACUCUUAUUGAUCUUCGCUGGGUGUUAAAUGAAAGUCCAAGCAACCUGAAAGGAAUUCACUUGAAUUCAUUGGAAGGCUUUUGGUGAAAUGAUGCAAGUCUGUUGUAGUGUAGUAGCAAGCAGUGGCCUGGAUCGCGGCAAGGAUUUACCGCCUCGUCUCCAUUCCUCAGCUUCUCCUCCAACUAUCCAAGACCCUCAGUGACAGACAGACAGACAGACAGACAGACAGAAACACCAGUCACAAUUUGUCUAUUUUUUAUAGUCAAAGGAAGACACUGGGUUUUUCUGUGUGUGUGUGUCUCAAAACCAGUGUUUGUUUGCAUGCGUGCACACGAAUGAAUGCUCAUCGGACUGUGUGAACAUGUGUGCACAUCCGCCUCCCUCCACAAGCUGGGAUGGGAUGGCUGAGCCUGUUGCCAUCGGUAACAACUUCCAGGGGGCAGGGAGGUUCGCUGUUGUUUUUCUGUCCGACAGCGUUUCUCAAACUAUGGACUGGAACUCCAACUCGACUGUAGGCUCAUUUCUGGUGUUUCCCCACAUUAUUACAAGAGCACAGUCUAAUGUGCCCGCACCCUGCGAGGCAGAACAAUGUAUUUUCAUUUCAUUUUGGUCCCAGACUGAAAAAGAUUCAAGAAGCUCUGCUGUAUGCCAUCAGCCUGGUGACGGUGCCCUGCGUCACCCUGUUAGUCCGCAGCAUGCUACAGCAUGCCAAGCUACUCUCUCUCUAUAGUUUGACUCUUUCUUUCUUUCUUUCUUUCUUUCUUUCUUUCUUUCUUUCUUUCUUUCUUUCUUUCUUUUUAUGUUUCUGGGAAUUACAUCUGUUUUGUUUUUGAGUUAUGUGGAGAAAAU